AUGGAUCAGUUGUCUCUCGACCACCUUUCGACCCUCUCGACACACCGCGCGGUAUGUUUAUACAUACAUGCAGACGAGGUGAAACGUGGGGAGACUGAGAGGCAAAUAGUUGUAAAUAGAGUGUGUUUGAGUUGUUGCAACGUCGUAAUUGAUAUUAAUUAUGAAUCAUUAGCGAGAUUUUCAAGCGAUUUGAUCAGCUGAUGAUUGUUGGAAAGAUGGCAAAAGACGAAGCUGAUGAUCUUUUGCCAGACAAGGACGCAGCUAAGGGCUUCUACGCUAAAUACGAGCCGAAAGAAAUUUUGGGAAGAGGUAUUUCAUCUACUGUAAGAAGAUGCAUAGAAAAAGAAACUGGGGUACAAUAUGCAGCAAAAAUUAUUGACAUUAGCAAUGAGCCAAAUGAUGGUGCUGACGACCACACUAUGAAGGAUGCAACCAUCCAAGAGAUACACAUUCUUCGCAAAGUAGCUGGCCACUCGUAUAUAAUUGAACUACACGACGUUUUCGAAUCAAGUACUUUCAUUUUCCUCAUUUUUGAGCUCUGCAAGAAUGGGGAACUUUUUGACUACCUCACAUCGGUUGUAACGCUUUCUGAAAAAAAAACACGGUAUAUUAUGCGGCAGGUGCUAGAGGGUGUACAGCACAUUCAUAACCAGAGUAUAGUUCACAGGGAUCUGAAACCUGAAAAUAUAUUAUUAGAUGAUAAUUUAAACGUAAAAAUAACAGAUUUUGGGUUUGCAAGAUGCUUAGAACCAGGUGAAAAAUUGUUUGAUCUAUGCGGCACACCUGGAUAUCUUGCACCAGAAGUAUUGAAGUGUAACAUGUUCGAGAAUGCUGAGGGCUACGAGUAUGAAGUUGACAUUUGGGCUUGUGGCGUGAUCAUGUUUACCCUGCUGGUUGGUUGCCCACCAUUUUGGCAUAGAAAGCAAAUGAUUAUGCUUAGAAAUAUAAUGGAAGGAAAAUACUCAUUUACAUCUCCAGAAUGGGCCGAUAUAACAGAGGCUCCGAAAGAUCUGAUACGAAAAUUACUUGUUGUUGAUCCAAAGAAGAGGAUUUCAAUUAAAGAUGCAUUGGAGCACUCUUUCUUCCAAACAGUGUUAUGGGAUCAAGACAUUGCACCUCUAAAACGAUCUCUAUCCUCUAACUCUCGACGUCUCAGUCGGAUAUCCCAGUUAGCUUUGGAACUAAAAGCAAGAUCGUUCAAUGCUCGGAAAAGAUUCCAAUUAGCAAUUAUAUGUGUGAGAGCUGUGGUUCGUAUCAAAAGAUUACAUACUACUCCUGAGACCAUGUCUGCAAAUGUGGCUCGCACCGAUCCUUAUAGAAUCAAACUUUUGAGAAAGGUAAUCGAUGGCUGUGCAUUCAGAGUUUAUGGUCACUGGGUAAAGAAAGGUGAAGGCCAGAAUCGAGCAGCGCUGUUUGAGAAUACACCAAAAACUGAAUUGAAACAUCUCUAUGUGACGAACCUCAGCAGAUAGCUGCCAAUUGCAUAGACAAAUGCCUAGUUCAAUUCUUUUAUUUGAUAAGCCCAAGAAAGUGUUACAAUAGUAUAAUUUUCUCUACCUUUAAAUAUAUUAUAAUUCGUAUCCUAUUUUUUUCUUCCUUCGUCGCAUUUUAGUUAAUACUCCAUUAAACUCGAUUGUUCUAUGAUGUCUAAUCAUCGAAAUUGUCUUAAUCAAUGACACACGAACUCUUAGCUAUGUGAAAUAUAAAAUAGCACUGUUUGAAAUGAAAUGAAGAAGUCGGUUCUUCUCCAAAUCUUGACUGACAAGACUUGACAAUUUUGAAGUAAGAAUGACUUUUUAAUUUAAAUUUCCAAUCUUCGGUUAUCAGUGUUUGUGCAGAAACCGGUACUCAGUAUAAGUUAGAAUCAUAGCGAUUCGCUUUGUUAUUAAUUAGUUGGAUAUUUCGUUACGUGUGCAUCAAAACUUGUUAAAUCUAAAUGAUUUUGGCAUAACAUAAACGCAUUAUGAUCUGAAAAAAAAAGUAGCAAAGGCGUUUGCGGUCGUCUCUCUUUCAAUAUCUUAGCACAAUACCACUAUUAAUUCCGCAUGGUACUAAUAUUUAAGCACAGCAGAAGAUUUUUCCAAAACAAUAUUGUCAAAUCUCACAUUCUUGCAAAUAAACAUAAAAAAAAAAUCUCAUUCAACAUAAACGAGUUUAAAUCUGUAGAAAGCAACAGUUAUAGUUACAUUCUUUUAUUCAGGAAUUUGUCUACAACUUUUUGGUAAGAAAUACUGGUGCUGUAAUGUAAAUAGUACCUAAAUAUCCGGAUUAUUUUUCCCUGUCUUUAUAUACAAGGAAAAAAGCUUUCAUAUGUAUUCUACUGUGAAACAAAAGUAGUCAGUACAUCCAAAUUGGUUCUAAUUUGAAAAGGUUAUCUCAAACUUUUGUGUUUAAAAUUCUAUCUAUAUCGAUUGUAAGGUUCACUGAAGAUUAAUAUUAUGUACCAUUAAAUUUUCACCACAUAAACUACUGUUAUAGUUUACCCAAAUGGAUAUGUGUUGUUUUUUGAUAUGUUACUUUCUAUUGUUUGAGUUGCAAGUAUUGCAAUAAAUUUCCUAUGUGUGGACUGCUGUUCGCUUAGUUUAUAUUAUUUAUUUUUAAAGGGUGUAUUUCAAAGACAUUCUAGACUAAACUUAUAUAUAAAUAUUCUCAUGUGUGUGUUCAUAAUUUGUAUAUUUUUGGAGACAAAAUUUUCCUAUAUACUUGUCACAACUUGUUCGACGUUGUAUCAAUUAAUAGUAAAGAAAUUUUAGUCCAUAGCAUUA